AUGCCCUUCUACUCGGAGAAUCCCAUUGUCCGCGUGGAAUCGGGCGCCAUGCACACCAUCGAGACGCGCAACGCCGAGAACCUCUUUGGCCUGUGGUCUGUAUUUUCAAAGUGCUCAGCGGCCAUGGAGGACGGGAAGCGCUACGAAAACAUGUCCUGGCGAUUGUGGAGCCGCGAAACGUUCUGCUGCGCGCCUGACCACGCCAACCCCACCCCGUUCUACCCGCAGUGGACCUUCACCGCGAAGCUUUCAGGUGACCUCGAAGCGCCCGAGCUGUCUUCUAGCGUCGAGUCCGGCUGCUCUGAAGUUGAACCUCACCAAAUACACAGCUCGGCCCGCUCCGACUCAUCCUCAUCGCGCCCCGAACUGCGCCGGCACGACUCCACCGAGAGCCGGAGUAGAGGGAAGGAAAAGCACAUUACACCCAUUGACCUCGAGAAGAUGGUGAACUCGAUCAAAGAAAAGAAAGAGCUGGAGCCACUAUCACCUCUGCCCCCGCAGCUCGCGCAGGCCCUCCCCUCAACCGCGGUUCGAUCCUGCGAAGACACCACCCCUCGGCCCUCGUCUCCACCACACGCGCACUCGCACAUCGUCCCUGAAUCCUCCACGUCAACCGUGGCCACAGCGAUUGGUAGCGAGUUCUCGAACAUGAGCCCGCCCGUCGGCUCCGAGACGAGCACCUCGACCGAUCUCAGCUCCCACAGCAUCGUGCGCGGCUUUUCGCCUGGCCAGAUAUCGUCCUCUAUGCGCUCCUCGACAAAUCUAGUUACCCAGCCAUCCAUUCUCAAGCCCUCGACACCGCAGAAGUUCGAGCCCCUCAAGAAGAAGGCAACGCCAAUGUUCGUUCUAGGCGGUUCUUCCGACGAGGACAACAACAGCUCAUUCGAGAGCUCGUUCCUGCAAAAGCGUAGCUCUUUGUCUGAUGCGCUGAAGCGGCCAGCUUUCAACCGCAAGACGACUACUUUCAAGGAAGAGGUCAUCACGCGUACGAUCCAAGACCGCUCUGAAGAGAGCGAGGCCGCCAUUGAGACCGACAGCGAGGACGACGAUGAUGAGGACGACGACGAGUCGGAUGAUAAUGCCAUCGAAGACGAGGAUUAUGAGGACGACGACGACCAGUGGGAGGACGACGACAACAGCGGCCCGUCCAGCGUCACUGACAAGGAGCUCUUCCGACGCGUUGACUCGAGUGCCAACCUGAGAUCGCGCCGCUCGCUGCUCACAACACUGAUGCACGAAGGCGACCGGGCUAAAGCACUUCAGAACGCAGCGUCGCAAUCCACACCCGCAUUACGCCGGUCACGGACGUCUUCUCCCAACGGUCCAUCUCUCGCCACCUCCCCACACGACGAGCCCGGCUUGAUGAUGCGCGCCACCCAGAUUCCUCGAUCGAAGCCCAUUAUCAUGACAACCUCCAACACCCACCCUCCUGCAUUGUCUCCGCGCACGACCCGACGAAACAUGCUCCAGACCGAACUGACCGAGUCCCUUCGCAAGCACCUGCUUUGGGAGCGCCAGCAGAAAAACGCCACCAACAACGCCGUCCUGAAACGACAGCAGAGCGCGAUCUCCAACCCAGCGCUUCGACGCGCAAUGACUACCAACGACAUCAAAAGCAUGAAAGCCUUCCCCGGCGAAGCGACUGGAAAGCCAUCCGCCUACCGGGACAUGGCUAAAAACAACUCCUCCUACAACGAAUACUUCGACCAAGGCCUUCAGGAAUACCACCAGAAAGGCUGGUAG